CUCUCCUUGGGGGCUCUGUCGCAACCUCCUACAACCUGAUCACCGCAGGCAUCUAAGUGUCGAGUCUCAUACUCUUGGGAGUGUGAUUUUCUGUGCGGUCUGCUGGACAUCAUACUUGUUUGGUAAUUUCUAUAAUGCAUCUCUGUUUUUCCUGUCCGAUGCUGUUCACAAACGCCGAAGCCUUCUUGUCU